CCCGUUGCCCCCGCGACGGACGGUAGUGUUUCGGGAGCAGCGUGCCCGUGAGCGCCAUUUUAGCAACCAUGGCUCGUCGCAUCGACGAAGAAUUAAUUCGCCAGAUAUUAUCGCAAGAAGACAGCGAUAAUGAAUACUCGUCAGGUAGUGAGAGAGAAGACCAUCUUGAGGCUGAUCCUGCUUAUGAAACUGAUGAAGAAGAUGAAGUUUCUAAUAUGAACCAGCAGCAAAUUCCAGGUCAAGAUGUUCAGAUAAGUGGUAAUUCUUCUCCCUUACAAUCUGUUGAAGGCUCGAUACCUAGUUCUUCAGUACUAUCCAGUGACUUGAUAUUACAACCGCCACGUACCAUUCUUCGUGGAAAAGACAAACACAAAUGGUCAUCACAAAAGUCCAGGUCAAAAAGCAGAAUAGCUUCAAGGAAUAUAGUUCAUGUUAGACCUGGACCAAUACGUUCCUGCAAAAAUGAAUUAGACCCUCUGCAAUGCUUUUCAUUUUUUAUGACUAAUGACAUGAUUGACAUCAUUGUGACUCAUACCAAUGCAGAAAUAGAAAUGAAGUCCCAAAAAUACAAAAAUAUAAAAGCUACUCAGAGACCGACGGAUGCUGAUGAAAUUAGAGCCCUUAUUGGCGUACUUACAUUAUCUGCAGCUAUGAAAGACAAUAAUUUACCAUCUCGGGAAUUAUUUGACGUUACAUUUUGUGGGAAUCGGUAUCGUAGUACAAUGUCUUGUGAUAGAUUUGAGUUCCUAAUAAACUGCCUUAGAUUUGACGACAAAUCUACGCGUCUAGUACGAAAGCUGGCUGAUGUUUUCGCCCCAUUUCGAGAUUUAUGGAAUCUGUUCAUCACUAAAUGUCGUGAGAAUUACAAACCUGGUAGUUAUCUUACUAUCGAUGAACAAUUACUAGGUUUUAGAGGAAGAUGUCCCUUUCGCAUUUAUAUACCAAACAAACCAAACAAAUAUGGUAUAAAAAUUGUUAUGACAGUAGACAAUUCUACAAAGUAUAUGAUAGAUGCAGAGCCAUAUCUGGGUUCUUUUACUAAAACAGAUGGAGUACCACUAGGUGAAUAUUUUGUAAAAAAAUUAACACGCACUGUUCACGGCACAAAUAGAAAUAUUACUAUGGACAAUUGGUUCACUUCGGUACCUCUAGCCAAAAGUUUAGUAAAAGAACCAUAUAAACUGACUUUGGUUGGAACUCUAAGAGCAAAUAAGAGAGAGAUACCUGUGGAGUUGCAAAACGAACGCACGAGAAAAACAGGAACUGCUAUGUUUUGUUAUGACAAGGAACUAACUCUGUUAUCCUACAAACCAAAACCCCAAAAAGUAAUUUUUUUACUAUCGUCAUGUGACGAAGAAGGCGCAAUAAAUGACAAUACUAAAAAGCCUACAAUUGUUGAAUUUUACAACCAAACCAAAGGAGGGGUAGACACUUUCGACCAGAUGUGUUCCCUUGCUUCUUGCAGCAGAAAAACACGGCGCUGGCCGUUGUGCAUGUUUUACGGAAUGCUCAAUAUUGCAUUUAUAAAUAGUUACGUUAUUUAUGUAACUAACAAUGUAGAGGCUAACAAAAAACCAUUAUCGAGGCGUGAUUACCUAAAAGCUCUACAUCACAAGUUAAUUGAAUCGCACAUACAAAAAAGGCUUACAAUACCAACUCUUCAAACUGGUCUGCGCGAUUCAAUUAGACAAAUUUUAAUCAUACCAGGAAGUAGUACUUCGAAUGCUAUACUAGAGACUGAAGAGAAUAAUGCGCCUAAUGUACCUCCUAUACAAAAAAAAAGGAAAAUAUGUGCCUUGUGUCCCUCUGCAAAGCGAAGGAUGACUAAAACUAGUUGCACCAAGUGCAAUAAAUCGUUGUGUGGGGAGCACAAACUCGACGUGUGUCACAAAUGUUUUAGUCUUUAGAUUUUUACCACUGUUUUCAUUUCAUUAGUUUAUUUCAUUUGUUAUUAUUAAUAUUUUUUCAAAAAAUUUACACAUUUACUGUUUAUACUACUUAAACAAGCACAUUAAAAAUGUUAAUGUUGCUGACUUUGCAUGAAACCUAUGAUCUCAUUCAUAAGGCUGUUUGAUUAAUAAAUAUGCUGUUUUAGUUUAUGUAAACACAAUAAAUAAUAAGAAUAAAUAUAAUUCAUUAAAAAUAAAAAUAUAAAUGUACAUGUUUUAUUUAAAAAAAACCUUUUAUGCCCUUUGAAAAAUAUCGUAGUCGA